CACUUUUAAAAUCGAGGCACAUGCCGCUUCGGAAGAUCGGCAUAUGCCACGCUUGCAAGACGUGGUAAUUGUGGCGUGUGCCAAGUACACGCCAAACAACGCGAGAAGAUUUCUUCCGCAUGCGACGCUGCAGCCGGUGGAGUCGUCUUGCCCUCCUCGUCGUCGUCGCUGCGUGGGCCGCGUUCGAGCAGGCCGCAGCCACGAUCGUCAUCGGGCCCAGCACGUCCCCGGAUGCUCUGCGCGCGCUCUUCCAUUGCGCCAGCCGGCAAUGGAUCGGCCGCUACAACGAACUGUACCAAGAGUGCGUAUUUGCAAAUGCGUCCGAGAGCCUGCUCAUCGCCAACACUACCAUCGACGCUACGGCCCUCUUCGUGCAGGACCACGGACCGUUCGCCGUGCACAUUGAACUAGGCAUCCAGCUCAAUCGGACGUCCGGCGCGCUUCGCCUCGAGAAUGCAACGCUUCUCGCGUCGGCUGUCUUUAUCGACGCCACCAACGUCUCGCUGGACGCAGCGUCGGCCAUCAACACGACGGCCAACGGCCUCCGCUUCGGACCUGGCUACAGCUCUUACGUGCCCAUGGGCAGCGCGUACGGCGGCCUCGGCGGCUACACGCUUUCGCAUGCUUCGUUCGCGGUCCCCGGGUCGUGCGACGACAUUGACCGCGACGGCGCGUACACCAAGCCGAUCGGCGACCUCUUUGGGCACGUGAUGGACUUUCGCGGCUACGGCAGCGGCGGCAGCGAGGCCGACAGCACGCGCGGCGGCGGUCGCAUUGCGCUCAACGUGUCGGCGACACUGCAGCUCGACGGCCGCCUCUUGGCCGACGGCGGCUUCGACGCGACCGCCAGCACCAGCUCGGGCGCCGGCGGCACCGUCGUCGUUCAAGCAUCCGCCAUGCGCGGCUCCGGAGCCAUCCACGCCGUCGGUGGCCAGGCCACGGCGCCCGAUAGCAGCGGGCGCGGCGGUGGUGGCGGCGGAGGCGGCGGCCGCAUUUUCUUACAAGUGGCCACCGCGCUGCCGCCGACGAUCGACGUCGCUGCGUUUGGCGGGCGCCACGCGUCGCCCGUGGACGACAACUUAUGGUGCCAAGAAGGCAGCGCCGGCACGAUCCUCUUUGUGACGCAGCGCGACACGACGGUCGACGGCCAGCUCGUCAUCAAAGAGCGCGAUGGGCCGCCAAAGCCUCCGAGUCGGCUUCUCGUGGGCACGCCACUCUUCUACUGGACGAGCCGCCGCGAGCACAUGCUGCCACCGUGGCUCACGUCCAUCCUCGUCGCUGGCCAGAGUCUCUUGAUUGCCAGCACUGUGCUCCUCGAGCGUGGCACCGUGAAAACCUCUAUCCUCCUCGAGGCGAGCGCCGCUUGGGCCAACGCCGCCAACAACAGCACGCUGCACGGCAGUGCCGCCAACAUAACGCUCCAUGGUUACGUGGGGCCGCUGCCCGUGCGCGCGUACGAGCGAGGUCGCGUCGUGCUCACCGCUGGAGACCUCGUCCUCGGCGGUGCCGUCAUUGACGCCGCGCAAUUGGAGCUGCGCGCCGAUGUCGGCAGCGUCUCCGCCGACGACGACUGCACCUUGCGCUUCGACGACCGUGUGUUUGUGGCGUCGGCGACUGAUCUCGACGUCCGCGGCGCGGUUGAGCUGCCGCCGUCGCACCAUAAGCAGCGGUGGCGCCGAGCGCCGAGCAUCGUCCUCGAGAGCCAGCGCCACGCGCAUGUGGCGUGGCAGCCGUCCCUCUCGCUGGCGUCCGUCGAUGUGGCGGUGCGCGCAGCCAACCAAUCGGCGCUGACGAUCCACGGGCCGCUGCGCCGGUUGCGCGUCGACGCUGCCACGAUUGUGUUUGCAGGCGGUGCCAACGGCUCGUCCACGGUGUUUCCCCACGAAAGUCGGGAUGUUUGUCGGUCCUGGCCCGUCUCGGACGACUGCUCCGUCGGAGACUACCAACUUGCGCUCGUGGCCACGACGUCACUCGUGGUCGCCGAUGUCCAUGCGAGCUCGGUGCUUCUUUGCGCACCAAACGUCCACGUUGGAGGCUCGGGUGUGAGCGCUGACGGCCUCGGCUGCAAGGAAGACGGCCCCGGUGUCUCGACCGAGCUGGACGGUGCCAGUGGAGGGGCCGGACACGGCGGGCGAGGCGGCAACGUCGAGCCUGGCGAUCGCGGUGGCGGUGCCACCUGUGACGCGUCGUGGCCUGGCAGCGGUGCGGCCGGCGAGUCGACCGGCGGCCUCGGCGGCGGCCUCGUACUGCUCCGUGCCACGACGCUGGCGCUCGAUAGCCGCCUCAGCGUCCGCGGCGGCAACGGAACGGCAGGCGGCGGCGGCGGCGCCGGUGGCAGCUUGCUCCUCUUUCUCAAGGAGCUGCAGGGCAAGGGGUCCCUCGACGUCAGUGGCGGCGCGGGAUCGUCAACGCCCGAGCGGCACGGCGGCGGUGGUGGCGGCGGUGUCGUGCGAAUUGCUUACGCGCCCGACGGCAGCGGGCAAAAGUACCUCGGAACCGUCAACGUCGGCGGCGGGUCCAGCGCUGGCCAAACCGGCUACGACGGGAUCACGGCCGGUCUCAACUGCGUCGCAGGCUGCGGCGGUGUCUUCUGUGCGCCGUGCGCCGCGGGCCAAGCGAGUGCCGUCGCCAACGGGACGUGUGAACCCUGCGCAAUGGGCACCUUCAGUCCGAACCCGGGCUCGACCGCCUGCACGGACUGCGCGCCCGGGUCCUUCAACCCCACGAUCGGCUCGACCGCGUGCUUUGCGUGCGCCAAAGGCCAGUUUGCCGCCGAUGCCGCGGCCACCGCCUGCGCGGCAUGUCCGCCCGGCAGCAUGAGUCCGGAGAAAGGGACCGUGCACUGCACCUUGUGCCCGAUCGGCAGCACCGCGCCGAGGGCUGGGAGCGCCAACUGCGAGCUCUGCGACGUCGGACACACGACUCCGGCAGUUUGCAGCCUCGCUUGCGUCCCGUGCGACUCCAAGCCGUACCACGCCAGCUACAACCAGAACGGGACGUGUCACUACAUGUGCGAGAAGGGCCGCGUCGGGCUCAAGUGCCUCACGCCGUUCGAGCAGCUCGUCGCGCCCAUAGGCGGCCCCCUCGGCUUUGUGCUGCUCUGCCUCGGCUCGAUUGGGCUCAUUUUCGCGGGCUAUGGCAUGCUCUCGUACCGCGGCCCGCCCGCCUCGCGCCGGCUCAAGCAUGGCAUGGGCCGCCGCGACAAGCUCGUGCUCGUUCUGCGUCCUCCGACAGUGUUGGCGGUGCCGACGCCGCCCGCGUCACCGCCCGCUGCAGACGCGAGCAUGUCGUCGAUCCGGUACGCAGCGCUCUUUGCGCCCGAGCCCAAGGCCGUCGCGCUCGAAGAGGCGGUGGGACUCAUCGAUGACGCGCCGGCAAUGACGCAGCCGACGUGGCGGCAGCAACUGCGGCGGACACUGGACUCGAUUGCGCCGACGCAUGUGGCGGUGACGCCCGAUUUGCUGCGCUGCGCGUGGGGCCGCCCCCUCUCGUUCCUGGCGCUUCUAGUGGCCGAUUUCUUGCUGUGGUUUUGGCUCGCGCUGCAGUUCUUCUGCAUCCAGGUCGGCGACCCCACGCUGCACGAAGCCGGCUGCUCCCACGCGGCGCUCGUGCUCGUGCUCAGCGUCAUGCCGCUGGCGGUGCUUGGCGCGCCGCUGCUGGGCCUUGCGUUCGUCUUUGGGAAGCGGUCGUCCGUCGGGCGCCUCUUUGUGCUCUGGACGGCCACGUGCUACUGGAAUGCUGCGACCGCGUUUUGCUGCGGCGUCUACUACUCGGCCUAUCUUGGCGACUCGGUCCUCGGGCUCUCGCUCGCGUGCGUCAAGUGGCUCGAAGGGCGCUGGGCGCUGCGGUUCCUCGCGCAGUUUGAGAGUGAUCGCAGCGGCCGCGGCUGGGCCGGCCUCUUUACGACGCGCGACUACUACGACUGCGCCGACCGGCCUCUCGGGCGCUGGCUGGCUACCUAG